UUCAGGAUGCAUCCUGUCAAAAGUUUUUCUCCAAGUAUGGGGCUCUGAUUGUGUGGUUCCUGAAAGCAAGACCAAUCAUUUCCGUUGCUUCACUGGCUAAACCCCCUACUUGAUGGGGACAAGGACAGAAACCAGCCAUUACGAUCUGAUAUAUUAUCCAAACAAUUUAGUAUAUUCAUGAGGUAACCGAAACGUGAAACGUGGGGGCUGUGAAAUUACCCUUAAUCAAUUGCAGCGGCGAGCGCGAGUCCCCCCUCCCCGGCUGUCCCCACCCCCACCCCGGCUGUGGGGCGCAGGGGACUCGCCGCCUCAGUAGCUGGCGGGCGCCGCGGCGGUGUGCAGUGGCGCUGCUGGCUCCGGGGUCGCGGGGCUGGGGACACUGGACGUGCUCCGAGGACGCGGGCGCCGCUCCGCCCGGACCCGGGACCAGCCGUGCGCGCCACCCGCCUGUCGUCGCUGAGUCGCCCGCGGGGACACCUCUGUCGCUGUCCGGGAGUUAGGGGCUACCUGGAGUCUCCCCUCUGCUGCCUCUUUUUCUUUCUUUUUUUCUUUUUUUCCCUCCCCCUUCUCUCUCUCUCUCUCUCUUUCUCUCUCCUUGUUGUCGCUGUCGCCUUCCCUAUGUUUGGGAAACCAGACAAAAUGGACGUUCGGUGUCAUUCGGACACCGAGGCCACCCGGGUGUCCAAGACCGCGCACAAGGAGGGCCGGGAGGGCAAGGGCGCGGAGGGCAGCCUCCCCGCUGCCUUCCUCAAGGAGCCGCCGGCCGCCUUCCCCUCGUCGGGCGCGGCAGAGGACUGCGCCAAAAGUAAAGGCAGCUCGCCCGCCGACCCCGACUACUGCCGCCGGAUCCUAGUCCGAGAUGCCAAGGGCUCCAUCCGGGAAAUCAUCCUGCCCAAGGGCCUGGACCUGGACCGGCCCAAGAGGACACGCACGUCCUUCACGGCGGAGCAGCUCUACCGGCUGGAGAUGGAGUUUCAGCGCUGCCAGUACGUGGUGGGCCGUGAGAGGACCGAGCUCGCCAGGCAGCUCAACCUCUCAGAGACUCAGGUGAAGGUCUGGUUCCAGAACCGGCGCACAAAGCAGAAGAAGGAUCAGGGCAAGGACUCGGAGCUGCGCUCUGUGGUGUCCGAGACCGCCGCCACGUGCAGCGUGCUGCGGCUGCUAGAGCAGGGUCGCCUGCUGUCGCCGCCCGGCCUGCCCGCUCUGCUGCCCCCCUGCGCCACCGGCGCGCUCGGCUCUGCGCUCCGAGGGCCCAGCCUGCCCGCCCUGGGCGCGGGCACCCCCGCCAGCUCGGCUGCCGCAGCAGCUGCCGCCCCGGGCCCCGCCAGCGCCGCGUCCCCGCACCCGCCGGCCGUGGGUGGCGCCCCGGGCCCGGGGCCUGCCGGGCCGGGGGGACUGCAUGCGGGGGCGCCGGCCACCAGCCACGGCCUCUUCGGCCUCCCGGUGCCCUCACUGCUUGGCUCGGUCGCUAGCCGCCUCUCCUCCGCCCCGUUGACGAUGGCCGGGUCUCUGGCCGGGAAUUUGCAAGAACUGUCUGCCCGCUACCUGAGCUCCUCGGCCUUCGAGCCUUACUCCCGGACCAACAAUAAAGAAGGAGCCGAGAAAAAGGCGCUGGACUGAUCUUGCUCGCGCCCCUGUAUUUAUAUUUAUAGUAUCUAUUGUGGUGAUAUUUAUGGACUCUGGCUCGAGAGAGAGAGAGAAAGAGAGAGAGACGCGGGGCUCCCGGCUCCCACGAGGCCUGGUUCUACUACCAACACUACUGUUUCCUUUGGGCGACCGCCCUCCCCUACAUUUUUCUCUGUGCCUGCCCCUGCUCCCUAACCUCCUCGGAGAGCCAGGAGAAUCCAAAGAAUUGCAACAGAUGCCCGAGUUGGUCCACCUGCCGGCUGAUGCCAAACCCCCGGAGGAGCAGACUGAUUGGAGCCCACCUGCUGGAGACCGGGAAGCCGCUGGCCCCCAGGGUUCUGCUUCCAGUGUUUGAACUGAGGAAAACUGUGCACGCUCACUUCAGGCACCGAGGAGCAUGGCUGGUUUCAUCAGACCAAAAAUAAAUAAAUAAUGAAUAAAUAAAUAAUAAUAAAAUUAAAAAGGAAGAUGAGCCUGCCUCUUGCCCGAGAAACCAGAGCUUCGGGGAGUCCCCUGGCCACCCUAGCUUCUCAGCAAUCGCAAACACUGCAGCUGCACAACUGGAACAGACACUUCAGUUCCCACCGUGCCCUGUGCCCAGGAGAGAAUCAACCAAACACCAGGAGAGCAGCAGCGGUGGGGAUUCAUUUGCUUAAAUAAAUCAAGAAUCAUGUCCACCAUAUAAAACCACAUGGAGUAGAACCAGCUUUUAGAUACCCUGAACGAUGGAGUGUGGGCGGUGGAAGAACACGCAGGCAAAAGAAAAUUCAAAUUUCGGGUGUUGUGACUUGAACAGAAAUUGAAAGGGGGAGAAAGCCAAGGAGGAACCAGCCCACAAGUAACAGAACCAAGGGAUUGAAGCUUCAGGCUCCUCCCCAAGUGAGAACUGGGUGGCCCUGGGCAUGGGGCUCUGAGCCCCAUCACUCCCAGGCUCCUGACUCCAACCAAGUCUCUGGGUUUGGAAACCAGUCAGCUCUCAGUGGUGGCAUCAUCCCCACUCCUCUGAGAGUCACAAAUCUUACCAGCAUUCAGGGACAGCUUGGCAUUUCUUGGGGGGGAGUGUGGACCCCCCCAAAUACUCUGGAGGAUGGGACCCAGUUCCCAGGGAAAGCAGGGUGUUAUGGCUUCCUCUGUCAAUAAAUAAAUUUCCUAAUUCAGAAUAAUCUGACAAUAAGUAUCAGAAAGACACCCACCUCCUCAAGACAAAAACAAAACAAGCAAGCAAACAAAUACAUAAAUAAAAGAGGAUCUCAGUGAUCCCCAGCCAGAGCCCUGCCCACCACUCCAGAUGUAGCUUCUCCUCACAGGCAAGGACCCCUGAGAUUUAACCAAAACCACAGACCCAGCCGGCAAGGUGCCGCAGUGUCUAGAAUGUAUUCUUCCAUCCCAAGCAAGCGAGUGCAGAGCAUUUUAAGAAUAGUAAUUUUAUUGUAAAUUAUUUACAUCAGAAGCUCCCCCAUCCCACUCACCUUUCCUUUCUUUUAAAAUUUUUUUUCUUCUUUCUUUUUUUUUUUUUUUUUUAAGGCAAAUACUAGUGAAGAAAAUAUUGAGCGAUUCCAACGCGGGUAGGUGUUGCUGAAUCCUGGCUACUAACUUUGUCCUGAAUGUUUUGGAUCUUUGGAUGUUUUGUAUUUAUG